GGGGCAGGGGUUUCCCCCCCCCGUCCGAGCAUGCGCACAGCACACCUGGCCCUUCCCCCCCCCGCACACCUGCCUCUUCCCGGUGCCCCUGAGCCCCUUAUGCUUGAGGAUGGACCCUUUACUCUCUAUACACACGUGUACGGGAUGGAAGGUUCCCGUGAACUCUGGCCAUGCAAGGGGCUGUCUGCUGCAUCUCUGCAUGAGUCCUUGCGGUAGUUUGUGGCCUUGGGAACCUUCACGCAUUUAUUUCCCACUCAGCAGAAUUAGUCCGCCUCGCAGGAGGUUGCCUGGUGCAUCUUUGUAUGAAGCGUAGAGCUCGCGGGCUCUAGGGACUGGCAUAAUUUUCUGAGCAAAAAAGAGCUUGCGCUCUAGUGCCUUUAAGCUACAGGCUGUACUGUUGUGAGACUGAUGCAGGGGAGGAGGUGACGGGGUGUGUGUGUGUUUGAGUCUGCAGCCUCCAUGAACAGGACUGUGUCCCCCACUGUAUCUGAAGAACAGAGCUCUGACUCUUGAAAGUGGGCAAGGGAAAUCUGGUUGGUCUGCAAGACGACCCUAGACUCGCAUCCCACCCCCUGCCAUUGAUUGCCACCCCACAACAUCCAGUUUUCCAUUUGUUUCCUAGGCAUGUCCUGUUCCAGACCAUGUCACUGAACGCCUGGCCUUAUAUGAGAAGCUAAAAGCCACCGCUGAGGGAAAACAUGCUCAGCGAGCCUCCGAAGAGAGUCGGCCAGUCCGGAUUUCCCUGCCCAGUGGCAAAGUUGUGGAGGGGGAGGCCUGGAAAACCACACCAUAUCAGCCAGCAUCUGGCCAAGGCCGCCGUGACUGCACGUGUGAACGGGAGCCUCCAUGACCUAGAUCGUCCACUGGAGGGGGACGCCAACUUGGAAUUUGUGGAUUUCGAGUCCCGGGAUGGGCAAGCACUCUUCUGGCACUCCAGCGCCCACGUCCUGGGAGGGGCUGCCGAGCACUUCUACGGGGCCCUCUUGUGCCAGGGGCCCAGCACCGAGAGCGGCUUCUUUUAUGACAUGUACCUGGGUGAGCAAAGGACUGUGUUGGGAAAAGACCUGCCAGUGUUGGAGGAGAUCUGCAAGGGAAUCAUUGGAGAGGCGCAUCCGUUCGAGAGGCUGGAAGUCUCCCGGGAGGAGCUGCGGGAGCUCUUCAAGCACAACAAAUUCAAACUGCGUAUAAUUGAUGAGAAGGUGAAAUCUCCAACCGCCACAGUAUACAGGUGUGGCACCUUAAUUGACCUGUGCCGCGGCCCCCACGUCAGGCAUACAGGGACCAUCCGAGCACUGAAACUCCUGAAGAAUGCCUCCGCUUACUGGCAAGGAGACCCUUCAGCAGAGACUUUGCAGCGCAUCUACGGCAUUUCCUUCCCUAGCGCCAAACAGCUUUCCAAGUGGGAACACGCCCAGCAGGAGGCUGCGCAGCGUGACCAUCGGCGGAUAGGCAAGGACCAAGAGCUGUUUUUCUUCCACGAGAUGAGCCCCGGAAGCGGCUUCUUCCUUCCCAAAGGAGCGCACAUCUACACCACCCUCACGAACUUCAUUAAGAGUGAGUAUCUGAAGCGAGGCUUUUCCGAAGUGAUCACCCCCAAUAUCUACAACACGAAGCUGUGGGAGGUCUCCGGGCAUUGGCAGCACUACGGAGAAAACAUGUUCUCCUUCCGGGUCAACAAUGAGACGCUGGCCCUGAAGCCCAUGAACUGUCCUGGGCAUUGUCUCAUGUUUGCCCAUCGCCCACGAUCCUGGCGGGAGCUGCCUCUCCGGCUAGCAGACUUUGGGGUCUUGCAUCGAAAUGAGCCUUCCGGGUCCCUGACGGGGCUGACACGAGUGCGCCGGUUCCAGCAGGAUGACGCCCACAUCUUCUGCGCCAUGGAUCAGUUGGAAGGAGAGAUUGGCGGUUGCUUGGAGUUCCUGCAAGCUGUCUAUUCCGUGUUUGGGUUUGCAUUACGCUUCUACCUCGCCACCCGCCCUGACAAAUUUCUAGGGGACUCUCAUCUUUGGGAUCAGGCUGAGCAGCUGCUGGAGAAGAGCCUCCGGGACUUUGGCCAGCCUUGGGAGCUGAGCCCUGGGGAGGGGGCCUUCUAUGGGCCAAAGGUGGAUGUUCAGAUCCAAGAUGCUUUGGGCCGGUACCACCAGUGCGGCACCAUUCAGCUGGACUUCCAGAUGCCCCUCCGCUUCGACCUCUCUUUCGCCAGCAAAGAUGGUGGAGCGCCCGAGAGGCCCGUGAUGAUCCACCGGGCUGUGCUGGGCUCUGUCGAGAGGAUGCUGGCGGUCCUGGCCGAGAACUAUGGCGGAAAGUGGCCUUUCUGGUUGUCCCCGUCCCAAAUCAUGGUGAUCCCCGUGGGCCCCGACGCGGAGGGCUAUGCGCAUGAGGUCCACCAGCUCUUUCUCCAGGCGGGGUUCAUGGCAGGUGUGGAUGCUGACGUUGGGUCAACUCUCAAUCGCAAGGUCCGGAAAGCCCAGCUGGCCCAGUACAACUUCCAGUUUGUGGUCGGUCGCCAGGAGAUGUCCAACCGAACGGUGAACAUCCGUACCCGCGACAUGCGGCAGCAUGGCGAGCGAGAGCUGCAGGAGGUGCUGGGCCGGCUCCGGCAGCUGCAGGACACCCGGGUCAGGAACGCCGAGGAGCUCUUCUGAGCAGGGUGGAGUGGCACGUGGGCAUGAGAGGAACCACCGGGCCCAGUGGAAGAGGCGGAGGAGCCCUUCAUUGGGCAGCAGGCCAACCCGGCCAGGUCCACCUGCCCAGACUCCGAGUCCAGAGGUCACUCUUAGCUGGCAACCCCAUUUGCCCUCCCGCUCACCCCUCCGCCGGUGUGAACUUGCCUGGGCCCCAGGCCACGCACCAAGCCCCACCCCGCCCACCUUGGAAUGGCUGGAAUUCUUGGGGGGGGGGCGAAGAGCAGCGUGAGGGAGAGGCUGGUGGUGGAGAGAGGGCCAGGCUCUUUCCAUCUCGCUCUAGGCCUGCUUGUCUGGUCACUGUGUCAUUGGCGGAGGCCUGUAAUUAAAGACAUUUCUCUGGAG